AAAUGGGGGUGCUGUCACGUAAUUUUAAGCCCAAUUUUUUGGGCUUACUAAAAUUUCUAAACAAUAUGAACUGGUUUAUUGUGUUUUUUAGUUUAAUUAAUCUUUCAUUGUGCAUUUACGAGGAUCAAAUCGGAAAAUUCGAUUGGCGACAAACUUAUGUAGGGCGGAUAAAGUUUGCACAGUUCGACACUGUAUCUACAGCGAAAAAAAUCAUAGUCGCCACUGAGGAGAACGUAUUAGCUGCUCUGAAUUUGAAGACAGGUCAAGUAGUCUGGCGCCAUGUGUUUGAGAGUGCAUCAGCAGGCAACAUACAGCUUCUGCACGUGGGAGACAAGAUCACCACGGUGACUGGCUCCAAUCCUUACCUUGUGAGAGGAUGGGACCCUGCUACAGGAGUCCUAAUGUGGGAGUGGUCGCUAAUCCUCCAAAAUGACGAGCGAGCAGACUACUCAGAGUGGUGGGUGCAGAACAACAUGCUGGUUCACUUGCUGCCUGCGUUUGGUUCACAUUUAGAGGUCACUAUGUACAACCUACUGACUGGUGGCAACAGAGGUGCUACGUCCAAAUUACCUGCCAUAUGGAGCAAUGAUGGAUGCAUCCUAACAGCUCCAUACUAUACUUGCGUAUCAGGAGACAUGGGAAGCCAAAUCCUCCUAACAUUAGACGUCACUUCCAAUGCAAUACAAAUUAUUAGCAAACCAUUAUCCAACUACAUAAACCUCCAACAGUCUAUAGGCGGCAAUCUGAGGCCUUUAGACAACAGCGUGGUGCCAGGCUUCAUAGUUGACGAUAAGAAGGUUUUAUUGAUAAGGAAUAAUAGUUUUGAGGUGGUUGGUAAAGAGUUAGAGGAUGAGAUAGCGAGUGCUACGGUAGUUGAUGGUGCGAAUGGACCGGUUUUGAUGCAGACUUGGACAGAUGAUGUAAAGGGUUUCCAGCUAACAGCGUACAGUAUAUCCACCAACAGUGAAGUACCAGAGAUCCACUGUUCGGACUCCACACUGAGUAUUCCAGAGGCGGAGAUUUUGGCGGCGAUGUGUACGCGCCACGCUAGAGAGCAGCAUGCGUGCAGGAUACUGGUCAACGGGGCUGAUGAUGCGGUUCAUCUGAUGCAGCAAGGAGGUCGCUUGCUGUGGUCGCGCGAAGAGGCGCUCGCGAACGUGGUCGCGGCGGAGUUCGUUGACCUGCCCGUCUCGGAAACCGACGCCGCUAUAGAGUCCGAGUUCGAUCAGAAAGAGGCUGCCAAGGUGUAUAGUUCAGUGUGGUCGGCCUUCUCCCGUCGGCUACACAGCCAGUUCACGCAGCUGCAGAAUGUGAUCAAAAAUCUCCAAGGCCAAGGCGCGCCCGACCAGUCCACCAACGCUCUCGUCCGGGACUACUUCAACUUGCAUAAGAUCAUUGUUCUCAUCACCGACGCUGGGAAGAUAUUUGGCAUGGACAAUCUUUCCGGAGAAAUUCUGUGGAGGAGAUAUGAGCCAGGGCUUGACACGGAAUCAGUAGUGGUGUACACGAGAAGAUCGGCCAGGCAUCCACCAUACGAUGCGUAUCUUACUAUUGUAGGCAAACACGAGGAAACGGGCAACGGUUACGUCAUAAGCCUCAACCCAAUAACUGGCAACUUGGUAGGCGAGCAAAGGAUGAAACUUGACGUUCGCAUCCUGCAGUGCUCUUUGCUGCAUCAGGCCGACUCGGAGAAACUUCACGCCUUAGUGUUGUUGGACGAAGACGAGACCGUGCAAGUAUUUCCGAUCUCUGCAACUUCCCUGGUGGAAAACCUAUACUUGUAUGUUGCUGACAAACAUACAGGGAAAGUGCAAGGCUACGCGCUCAAAUAUAACGGAGUGUCAGUGGAAGCCCAGCGCACGUGGUCAGUGCAACUGGGGGGUUCAGGCCCAGCACAGAUUGUAGCCACAGCUACCAGGUCCCGAUUAGAGCGGGUUCGUUCCCCGGGCAGGGCACUGGCGGACCGAAGUGUACUAUACAAGUAUUCCAACCCGAAUCUAGUGCUGUUUGUGGUGGAGAAACCGGAUCCUACGCAUAAAGAGGUAGUAACAGCAGUGGCGUUAGACGCUGUAUCUGGUGCUCUCAUAGGAGCGUCUUCGCACAGGAGGGCGCGUGCUUUGCCACUAGCCGUACACGCCGAUAACUGCUUCGCGUACCUUUACAGGAGCGAGAAACAUCGCCGUCUGGAGAUUGCAACAAUGGAGCUAUACGAAGGCAAAGAGCGUUGGCUGGAGCCGGGCGUCGCCUUCAGCUCGUUCGCUUCGGACCGAGCGCCGGCCGUGGAGCGACAAGCCUACAUCUUGCCCGCCUCGCCCACCGCCGCCACCUUCACCAUCACUGAGCGAUCGCUGACAGACAGACACGUGCUGUUGGGUCUCACAACUGGCGCCGUCAUCGAGAUGCCGUGGGCGUACCUCGAAGCGCGGCGCGGCCUCGGCGGCGGCGACGAGGCCUUGCUGCCCUACACUCCGGAACUGCCCUUACCGGCCGAGGCCACGCUCAACUACAAUCGUACAGUGGAAAGAGUGCGAGGCGUUCUUACUGCGCCCGCGGGCCUCGAGUCCACUAGUCUUGUGCUCGUCACGGGAUUAGAUCUAUUCUACACACGAGUAGCGCCAUCAAAGACGUUCGACCUUCUGAAGGACGACUUUGACUACUUCCUCAUCACAGUGGUACUAGCCGCUCUCAUAGUGGCUACAUACAGCACUAAAUACUUCGCCUCGAGGAAAAUGCUCAAACUGGCGUGGAAGUGAUGCCCGAGUGGCUAGUGUUAUGACGGACCAGUUUGAACUGUGUUGCCAAGUGGUAAAGUUGAUAAUCGCGUGUGACGUGUUGCGUUUGACCUCUCGACAAUUUCAGCUGAUAUAGCCGAAAGUUUUGCUCCCGAUUGGAUUAUAUUGCCACAUGAAAGUGUCAACUGAACAGUGCUUCAAUCGUCUAACAGCUAAACUACUGUGUCUCUAAUCUGUUGAUAAAUUUUAGCAACCGUUUUUUCAAUACCCAAACACCUUUUAACUGAGGAAUAAAGAAAGACACAAUAUCUGUAUUCCUAUAUAUCAAUCUAGUAAAAGGUCACAAUUAUUCAUUAUUUUGAAUUUCGGCUUGAUAACUCAGCCAUUGCAUUGUUGGUGUUUGUUUUAAAAGACAGAAGACCAAACUUGUAACAAAAGAUUCAUUUUCUACUCACUGCCAAAGACCUACAUAAAUUAUAUACAUUAAUCCUAAGCGAAAAAGUUUCAUAUGUGAAAUGUUUUUCAGUUCAUUUUGUUGGGGCUAAGAAAAUUGUGACAGUGUUGUU